CCGCACUACAUUUAAAGUGACUCGUGCUGAAGUAAUUGUUAUCAGAUUCAGAGCAUUCCAACAAUUGUUAUUCACUCGGCAAACACGCUCACACACGAGGCACGGACAGAGGCAGUGGCACCACCAUGAUUGGCAUACAAUUGUUCCACGAAAUCGGCAGCAUAUUUCGAAAUACGCCGACUUUUGCGCUAGUGUUGGAAACUCUGCUGUUGAUUGCAGUUAUUUGGCUAGUGUUGCAUCGCAGAGGAGGCGGCAAACGACGUCCCCUGUCGAAGGAGCAGCAGGAUUAUCUCGUCGAGCAAUAUGAACCGGAACCGUUAGUGCCCGACACAGAUCCCAAUCAUCCGCUGCUGCGCACCCGCCUCGUCCAAUCGAAGGUGGGCAAACGCAUCGUGGUCGAUGGAAACGAUUGCCUGAAUCUCGGUUCGCAGAACUAUUUGGGUUUCUUGGAGGACGAUGAGAUUCUGGAGGAGGCGUGCAAAACACUGCGCAAAUAUGGCGUUGGUUCGUGCGGUCCGCGUGGCUUCUAUGGCACAAUGGAUGUGCAUCUGCAUCUGGAGGAGCGAUUGGCUAGUUUCAUGGGCCUCGAGGAAGCCAUCGUUUACUCCUACGGCUUCUCGACGGUGGCCAGCGCCAUCCCCGCAUAUGCCAAGCGUGGAGAUCUCAUCUUUGUCGAUGAAGCCGUCAACUUUGCCAUACAAAAGGGUUUGGAUGCGUCGCGCAGCACAAUUGUCUUCUUCAAGCAUAACGAUGCCAAGGAUCUGGAACGCUUGCUCGUCGAGCAGGCGCAGCGCGACUUGAGGAAUCCCAAGAAGGCGCUGAAGACGCGUCGUUUUCUUGUCGCCGAAGGCAUUUAUAUGAACACCGGAGAGCUAUGCCCGCUGCCGGAGCUCGUCGAGCUGCGCAAGAAGUACAAGCUGCGCCUGUUCCUCGACGAGAGCGUCUCCUUUGGCACGUUGGGAAAGACGGGUCGCGGCCUCACCGAGCAUUGCAACAUCAACCGUGACGAGAUUGACUUAAUCUCCGCCGGCAUGGAGGGCGCCAUGGCCACAAUUGGUGGCUUCUGUGUUGGCUCCCAUUUCAUCGCUGAGCAUCAGCGAUUAUCUGGCUUGGGUUAUAUAUUCUCGGCAUCGCUGCCGCCGAUGUUGACCCAGGCUGCGAUUUGUGCCUUGGAUCGUUUCGAGCGCGAGCCGCAAAUCUUUGAGCAACUGCAGCAGAAUUCGAGGCGGGUGCAGCAGCAAUUUGAGCGCCUCAGCAAAUUGAAGCUGCGCGGCGACCAAAUAUCGCCCAUCAAGCAUUUGUAUGUGGCCCAGGAGCGCGAGAGCUUCGAGGCGGAGCACAAGUUGCUCACUCAGGUGGCAGAUAAGUGCAUUGAGAGGGGCGUGGCCGUUGUGGAGGCCGCCUACCUGCAGAAUCGGGAGCACAAACCGGUGCGUCCCAGUCUACGGAUUGCCGUCAAUCGUCUCCUGGACGAAUCGGACAUUUUGAGUGCCUUCAACAUCAUCGAGGACGUUUCCAGCUCAGUGCUAUAAUUACAAAUUUUUUGUGCUUUUUAGACUUAACUUGAAGAAACUACUAUUUUGUAACUAUAUUUAUACAGAGUCCAUUAAGUAAUUUCUUUUGGCUUUGCGUCCAUAAUUCCGUAAUUAAUCAAUUUAAUAUUGAUAAAUAAAUUAUUUAAGACUUAA